AGCCGCGACCCAUCAGUCAACCACCGACGUCCAGUUCGACAAUCAUUCAAAAUGCCUCCUAAGUCUGGAAAGAAAGUUGCCGCCGCCCCCUUCCCCCAGGGCAAGGCCGGUGUCUCCAAGAAGAAUGCCAAGAACCCUCUCAUCGAGAGACGUCCCCGCAACUUCGGUAUCGGUCAGGACAUCCAGCCCCGUCGCAACCUCUCGCGCAUGGUGCGCUGGCCCGAGUAUGUCCGCCUUCAGCGUCAGCGCAAGAUCCUCAACAUGCGCCUGAAGGUUCCCCCGGCCAUUGCCCAGUUCUCCCAGGUUCUGGACCGCAACACCGCCGCCCAGGCCUUCAAGCUCCUCAACAAGUACCGCCCUGAGACCAAGGCCGAGAAGAAGGAGCGUUUGACCAAGGAGGCCACCGCCGUCUCCGAGGGCAAGAAGAAGGAGGAUGUUUCCAAGAAGCCCUACACCGUCAAGUACGGUCUCAACCACGUUGUUGGCCUCAUUGAGAACAAGAAGGCCUCUCUCGUCCUCAUCCCCAACGAUGUUGACCCCAUUGAGCUCGUUGUCUUCCUUCCCGCUCUCUGCAAGAAGAUGGGUGUCCCAUACGCCAUUGUGAAGGGCAAGGCCCGUCUCGGAACGGUCGUCCACAAGAAGACCGCUGCCGUCCUCGCCUUCACCGAGGUCCGCUCCGAGGACAGCUCCGAGCUCUCCAAGCUCGUUUCCGCUGUCAAGGACGGUUACAUGGCCAAGAACGAGGAGGCCAAGCGCCACUGGGGUGGUGGUAUCAUGGGUGCCAAGGCUGUUGCUAAGCAGCUCAAGAAGCAGAAGGCCCUUGACAACGCCAUCAAGAUCUAAGUGCCUUGAUUGUCACUUGAUGUCUGGCGUUGGCUUGCGACUGGGGUUCUGGUGGGAAACAAAAGCUUUUCGAGUUAUCUUCCGGCACCAGAAUGACAGUUUUGUCGUGCUGCAAAAAAAUUCUUUUAACGA